AUCUGCAGCCGCGAAAAAAAAUGGGCGAAUAUGUGUUCAUUCUCUGGUCGGAUUGGUAAUGGUUUCAAAACUAUGGAGGAAGGCGGAAUCUUGGGAAUACUCCGCAGGUGUGUGAGUCCGAACCGGACAUUCAUUUGUGUGGGAAUGGAUACUUGUUGUACCUCUGUUGGACACCAACCCACUUUGAGAUCCAUAAAUAGGAAAGAGCAACCUCAUCUACCCCUCCUUCGACAAUAUAUAACUUCCGUGAAUCUUAUACUUUUCUCUCUUCAUCUCUACAAAGCAUCUUUCUAAAGACAACAAAGCACAGAACCUCUUCAAAUAUCCACCCAUAAAAGUACAUUUAUCUAUCCGUCCAAAAUGUCUCUUACACUCUACGACGUCUCAGUUCCCGUCUUCGUCAAAAACCUCAAAUCUUUAUCAAGUCGGUCUCACCUGUUCAUCAAUUUCACAAAUUGUUUGUUGCAUAUUUAUUAACACUAUCUUCUUAGAACUCCUCGCAAAAGGACAAGCACAUUUUGAGAAAGAUGAAUCAAAAAUCAUCCAUGCGAGAUUGGUUGAUGAUAUGGGAGAUUUGAUCUUCCAGAUCCAACGUGUCGCUGAUACGGCCAAGGGAUUGGCUGUUCGGGUUGGUGGUGCUGAGGAUGUUACCUUGGAGGAUAACGAGACGGAUGUGAGUUUGGUGUUUUGUUCUCUUUUUUUUUUUUUUGGAGAUGACGAUUGGGGGAAAAAACGGUGUGAAAGAAGAUUAUUCAUCCAGUGGUGAAUAUAUUAGACUGGAAAGUAGUAGGAUAUUAGAAUAUCCGCUUUUAGUGAAAAUUCGAGACUCAGGUUAGAAGAGCUUGACACAACUGCGAUCGCCAUCUGAAGCUCCGUUUUCCUUCUGUGUUUUAUUCUCCCCAAUCUUGACUUUCCCAGAAAGUCUUGGCAAAUAGUAAAUCACCACGCUGACACCCCUCACAGUUUGCAGGUAUCUACAAGCGCAUCAACCGCGUAAUCGAGAUUCUUGAAUCCCUUCCCUCCACCUGUACGGAUGGCAAGGAAGACGCAGAAAUAGUGAUGAAGGCCGGAGGCCACGAACUAAAAUUCACCGGCAAGCAAUAUGUUCUGGAUUUCGCCAUUCCUAACUUUUUCUUCCAUGUCGUUACUGCUUAUAAUAUUUUGAGGUAUGUCUUGAUAUUCCUUAUGUCUCAUGAGAAGUGUUUUCAAUAUUCCCUCCGAGCUGCAGCCCGGUCACAUUCAGAAUAUUUGAGUACUGGAAGCCGAUGAGCUAUUCAAAAAGUUCGAGAUAAUGUAUUUGGUUUUGAAUGCUGGAUUAUUUUCAAAUGUUGAAAGCUCACAUUGAGUCUGCCAAAUGGCCGAAGACAUGCGGAGGACUUCCGAUCCAGAGAAAUGAAAUAUGUGCUAACUCGACUGUCUUUACAGAAAGGAAGGUGUAGCCGUCGGAAAGGGAGAUUUCCUCGGAAGAACCUAAUUUGGGAUGCGAAAUUAGGAGACAUGUGAAAGAGAAAAGAAGUUUUACCAUCGCAAUGAAGGUUUUGGUAAACUCCACUCAGUAGCCUAGAUUUCGGCCACAUUACCAAUGAAAAAUAAAUCCUCAUGUUCAUUGCCUUCUUUUUUCUUU